AUGAAGGCGUGUUUGCGGACUUUUUCCGGCAGCUGAGCUGAUUUCCAGGCGUCAAUUUAUGAGAUAGAACAACUUAACAGUCCACCAAAAGACAACACAGUGGAUUUACAGCUUGUAUUGUAAAGGAUUUGGCUAUGAUUGAACCGACCCAGUGACCGUAAACAUAAACUUUGCAAUGACUCGAGUGUUUGUACAGUGUCAGCUAACGUUACUAGCAUAACUAGCUUAACCGGUAAACUCGCCGACAUCGUAAAUACUAAUGGAGGAUGGUGAGAAAUCCUUCUCCGACGUUCAGGCUGUUUCCUCUAAUGUUCCGAGGACACCAAACACCGAACUGAAGAAACUGCUGGUUUUUAAAGUUUACAAGAGGAGGUGGUUCGUCCUGCUGGUGUUGUGUCUGUUAAACUGCUCCAACGCAACGAUAUGGCUGACCUUUGCACCAGUCGCGGACCAGUCUGCCCAGUAUCUGAAGGUCAGUCUGGAGGAAGUCAACUGGUUGUCACUGGUCUACAUGGUUGUGGCCAUACCGCUGAGCUUUGGGACCACAUGGAUGCUGGACACCUUCGGGCUACGGAUCACGCUGAUUCUGGGAUCCUGGUUGAACAUGUUAGGAGCAGUGGUGCGCUUCUGUGGGUCACCGCCGUCCCCGAGUUUUACAAUCCUGUACCCUGUAGUGAUGCUGGGCCAGACCCUCGGUGCCCUGGCUCAGCCCCUCAUCAUUUUCACCCCCACAAAGCUGGCAGCUCUCUGGUUCCCUGACCACCAGCGUGCCACAGCUAACAUGAUCGCCUCUAUGUCCAAUCCCCUGGGCCUCCUCCUCGCUAACAUCAUCUCUCCCAUGGUGGUUGAAACAUCUACACAGAUCCCAGCUCUGCUGAUUGCUUAUGCGGUCCCGGCAUGCUUCAUCUGUUUCCUAGCAACAGUGGGGAUACGGAGCAGCACCCCCCCCACGCCGCCAUCGGCCAGUGCCGAGUCCUCCAGCUCCGAGCCGUUCGUACAGGGGCUCAAACUGUUACUGAAGAACAAAGCCUACCUCGUCCUGCUGCUGUGCUUCGGUUCAGGCAUGGCUGUUUUCACCUGCUUCUCCGCACUGCUGGAGCAGAUCCUGUGUGUGCAAGGAUACACCAAUGACUUUGCUGGCAUCUGUGGCGCUCUCUUCAUCGUGUUUGGCAUCGUGGGCGCCGGCGCUCUUGGUCUUUAUGUCGACAAGACCAAGAAGUUCAUCGAAGCCACAAAGAUCAACAUGAGCUUCACCGCCCUCACGUGCAUCGCCUUCGCAGUGGUGUCUCUGAUGCAGCAGCAGAAAGCCGCCGUGGCCGCCGCCUGCUCUCUGUUUGGCUUUUUCGGUUUCUCCAUCUACCCGGUGGCCAUGGAGCUGUCUGUGGAGUGUUCGUACCCCGUCGGAGAAGCCACGUCGGCCGGACUCAUCUUUGUAUCGGGACAGGUUCAGUCUGUUCUCUACAUGAUCCUCCUUCAGGCUUUGACCAAACCGCUCACAGAGUCUCCUGUGUCGACCUGUGGGGACGCCGUCCUGAGCUGGAGGGUGCCCGUGCUGGUGAUGGCAGGACUGUGCAGUUUCUUCACAUGCUGCUUCGUGAUCUUCUUCCACACACGAUACAGACGGCUGGAGGCCGAGGAAGAAGCGACUUACAGGCGGAGCAGCUGCUCGACGAACGCCGAGCACGCUCCGACUGCGGACACGUGAACCUGCUGGAGGCUCGUGACGACAGAGACGGAGGGAAUUAUGGGUGUGAUCACACCUGCAGGUUGUUUUCAUGACCUCAGAUUCAUGCGUAAAAUUGAUUCGAUUUUUUUCUACGGUAUUGGGGCCUUUUUUUGGUACGUCAGGUUGGGACAUUCCAAAGCAUCAUUCCAAAAAUGGAGAAUCUAUUCUUGUAAUGCAUUGAAAGAUUGUAUACUUUUACACUAAAAAGUAGUUUGUAGGGAGGAGAUUCGUGUGUUGUUUUGUAGCCCUGAGUGGCCAGAAAAUCCCAGUUAGCUGGGGAAGCAGUUCGCUUAACAUUCCUACACUGAUCGAGUGUAUUUCAGUGAUUUUUGCAUUCUCUCUUGGUUUUGAGAAAAGUACAUUUUCUACAAAACUUAAAUAAAGACAAACCAAAAACAAUCCGUUGGAGCACAUGACCGAGGUAUCCACCAUCCUUCAGUACGCUGAAUCUGCCUGCUUCAGGAUUUCUUUCAGCCCUCACAGAAGCAAACUCAUGAAGUGAUGUACGAGCUGCGUCAUGUUCUCGUCUGUUUUCUGCCACUGAAGAACAGCAGAGUCUUUUUGGACUUUACUCCAUGUACAGAGAGCUGUAACUACAGAAAAGGUGAAGUUUAAAGUUUUCCAGCUCAAACGUAAGCUAGAUGUAAUGCCUUGUUUUUACACUGAUUACUUUUAAACAUAGAUAUGAACUAAAACUGCCUAAAGCGAAGAUGGCAGCGACUUCUGCUCAGCUGGGCUGGUUACCUUUCAGCAGGUCUAGUUCAGCUGGUUUUAUUCUCUGUGGCUGGAUUCAGCUUCUGCAUUAAGCUCUCAAAUGCAGCAAACUGCUCGGGAGAGAAGUACAUUUAGCUUUAUUGGCUAGCUGCGAUGAUCUCUCCAGCUGCCUUGAACUGGAUCUGGCUCUCGCUUCGACAGUUUGCUUUUUAGAUGUCCUCUUUAUAAUGACUAAUUUCUAAAUAAUUUACAUGUUAAAGGAAAUGUCUAAGUCAGACCUGGUCUUGACUGUUUUCACUACUCUAAUGCAGUUUGGCUUGAUAGGACAGUUUUGUCGCAUCAUCACUGGCACAUGUGUCUCCUGUUGUACUAAAACCACUAUAAAAGAUGCUGAAUAAAACGUAAUAACUCCACAUGUUUAUCAGCUUGUCUGCAGGUCUCUGGAAACUGAAUUUAUGGAUUUCAGGCCCGACCACCUGGAAUUGAAACUAAGCUGUUUCCUGUCAACAACUGUGUCAGUAAUACUGUGGUACCGCUAAUCAUCCUCUGAAGUGUGUCAUUGUGUUGUGGAGACAAAUGCUCUUAAUAACAGCACUGAAUUAAUUGUUACUGCCUUAAAUUUGUGAAAAUGCUUCCAGCUGAAGGACUGCAGGCGUGGAUCGACGGGUCUGAAGCUUGUGAGGCCUUCUGGAGACGAAUGUGGGUUGUGUGCAAUUCAAUAAAAUCAUUCCUGAAUGUGUAACUGUCAAACUGGUGGAUCUGAUGCAAAUAAAGACUCUGUAGAUGGUAAGAAAGGCACAUCUGUACACCAUGUUUAUCAGUGUGUUAUACUUAUUAACACUUAAUUCUCCCUUGUUUUGUGUUUUCCAAAGAUUUGAUGUUAGAUUUAGAGAGUUGAUGAACCUUAAUCAUGUAAACUGUCGACAGAGGACGUGUGUGAUUUCACCUCCAAUGUUUUUAGAUUUGAUCAUCUGUAACAGACGCACACAUCUGGAACGGGAACAGAAAGUUCUUUCUCACUUCAAGGUCAAGUGCACAAUAAUGGUAGUUUCUGCAAAGUUUUCUGUCUUAAUGCCUUAAAAUAUCAAUAAAAAUGUAUUG